AUGUUUGCCACUCAGAACCCGUAUGGAGGCGAGUUUUCGCAGGGUAUGGUGACGCAGAAUGCGCCGCAACCGCAGCAGCAGCAGCAGCCUGGGCAGGGAGCACACGCGUUGGACGACCCAAACGUUUAUCAUUGGAUAUGCCAGCUGGCAUACGGGCCGCAGAGAGAGCAGGCAUUGUUGGAGUUGGGCCGCAAACGCGAGCAAUUCGAGGAUCUGGCGGUGGUGCUGUGGUCGUCCUUUGGGGUGAUGGCGUCGCUGUUGAACGAGAUUAUAUCGGUGUAUCCGAUGUUGGAGCCGCAGCUGUUGUCGAACCAGCUAUCGAACCGGGUGUGCAACGCGCUGGUGCUGCUACAGUGUGUGGCGUCGCAUCCCGAGACGAAGCAUCUGUUCUUGCAGGCGCAUAUCCCGCUGUUCUUGUUCCCGUUUCUGAACACCACGUCGAGGCAGAGAACCUUCGAGUAUCUGAGGCUGACGUCGCUCGGGGUGAUCGGGGCGCUGGUCAAGAAUGACUCGCAGGAGGUGAUCAGUUUCCUGCUCCGGACCGACAUCAUACCGCUGUGUCUCAGGAUCAUGCAGUCGUCGUCGGAGCUGUCCAAGACGGUGGCGAUCUUCAUCCUGCAGAAGAUCCUGCUCGACGACAUCGGUCUCCAGUACAUCUGCGCUACGAUGGAGAGGUUCUACGCCGUGACAAACGUGCUCAGAGACAUGGUCGACCAGCUGACCCUGCACACGCCGCCGGGCAGACUGCUCAAACACAUCAUAAGGUGCUAUCUGAGAUUGAGCGACAACCUCGAGGCAAGAAGGCUCUUGAAAGUCGCGUUGCCGCAGAAGCUCAGAGACAACACGUUCACAGAGAUACUACGGGACGACGUCGGGUCCAAGAGGUGUCUCGCGCAGCUGCUCCUGACGCUCAACGAGGACUCCUCGUGA